UUGGUUUAUCAUCAGAAAGGAAGAGAGAGAGGAAAGAGGAGGCGCUCAUCAAAGUUCCUAACCAUACUUCAGGGCUUGACUGUGGUCCAGCGCGGGGACCAGACGGAACAAGUGGGGACCUCCAGACCCGUGCAGAAGCUUUCAGCUAUUAUCCCGGGUCUUUGAAGUUUUAGCAAUGGAGUCUUUCUCUGCUGAGACCAAUUCAACUGACCUACACUCACAGCACUGGGAUGAACCCCACGUAAUUCUCUCCAUGGUCAUCCUCAGCAUCACUUUUCUACUGGGGUUGCCAGGCAACGGGCUGGUGCUGUGGGUGGCUGGCCUAAAGAUGCAACGAACAGUGAACACAGUUUGGUUUCUCCAUCUCACCUUGGCUGACUUCAUCUGCUGCCUCUCCCUGCCCUUCUCCCUGGUCCACUUGGUUCUCCAAGGACACUGGCCCUACGGCUGGUUCCUAUGCAAGCUCAUCCCCUCCAUCAUCAUCCUCAACAUGUUUGCCAGUGUCUUCUUGCUGACUGCCAUUAGUCUGGACCGCUGUCUGUUGGUACUCAGGCCAAUCUGGUGCCAGAAUCAUCGCAACGUGGGAACAGCCUGCACUAUCUGUGGUUGUAUCUGGGUGGUGGCUUUGGUAAUGUGCAUACCUGCUUUUAUAUACCGGGAGACGUUCACUAUAGACAACCAGAGUAUGUGUGGCUACAACUUUGGUCACCAUGGCUCAUUAGAUUAUCUAGACUUCACCUUUAAUCUACUGGAAAACGGGUCUUUUGACAACUCCAUUGCUGAUCCGCCUGGAGAAAUGGAUGACAGGUUAGAUUCCUUCUCGCCACAAACCAAGGAUCAGCCUUGGGCAGCCACCACUGGCCUCCCUUCCCAAAAAUUUCAAAGAACUUCUAGAGAUUCACUCCCUAUGGAUUCAGCUAGAUUAUCUGUUCAACAACCACAUUAUGAUCUAUUUCAGUCUGCUGAUGAAGUCUCAGCUACACUCUCCAGUGACUUUCCCAUUGAAGAUCACAGAACUCAUCCCCUGGAGAACUCGGAUUCUUUUCUCCCUGCUGAUUUUGAGUUUUUUCCUAAUGCCUCCAGGGAUUCCUUAUACAUAUCUGAACUAUCACAAGGUUUCCAGGAUGAUUAUUUUGGCCAAUUUGCAUAUGAUCAUCAAGUGCCAACACCCCAGGUAGCCAUAACCAUCAGUAGGCUAGUGGUGGGUUUCCUGUUGCCCUUUAUCAUCAUGGUGGCCUGUUAUAGCCUCAUUAUUUUCAAAAUGCGUCGGAGCCGCUUCACCAAGUCUCGGAGCAAACUCUUGAGAGUCGCUAUGGUGGUGGUAGUUGUCUUCCUUGUCUGCUGGGCUCCAUACCACAUUAUUGGAGUCCUCUUAUUGUUUACUGACCCAGAUGAUCCCUUUGGGGAAUCUCUGUUGUCCUGGGACCAUGUGUCUCUUGCUCUAGCAUCUGCCAAUAGUUGCUUCAAUCCAUUCCUCUAUGCUCUCCUGGGAAAGGACUUUAGGAGAAAAGCAAGACAGUCCAUGCAGGGAAUUCUCGAGGCAGCUUUCAGUGAGGACAUGACACACUCUACCAGCUGCCCCCAAAACAAAACCUCUUUCGAAAGAAACAGUAUCAGUACAGUUGUAUGAAAACAUGGAGCCACUGACCUAAGCAGAGGUUCUUAGGCAAAUGUAACAUGUUUCUUAAAAGACAGGAGAGAUGGGGAGCAGGGGGGUUCUUGCAGAGACCGUCAAAGAAUCCAUCUGGAGGUUCUCAAAGUGUGGUCCCAGACUAGUGGCAUGAGCAUCACCUGGAAAGUUGUCAGAAGUACAAAUUCUCCAGCCCCUUCCCCUGCAGGCUGGCUGAAUCCGAAUCUCUGGGGGUAGGGUCCCAAGAGUGUUUGCACAAGCUCUCUUGUUUCUGAUGAAAGCUAAACUUGGGAAUCACUGUAAAGAUAGUCUAUUUCGAUCCCCAAAAAAGACACGUGAGAUAAAUGAGAAUGCGGUCUGCUUAAAAAUGAUGUUUCAAAAAAAAUAAUAAUGUUUCCAUUGUCAAAUGUUUUAUAAAUUUCCUUCCAGAUUCAAUUUCAAACCAUUUCUUCUAGUGCUCCCUGAGUGAAAGAUGAUCUUUUAUUCAAUGGCUUUGUUGGGGUGAUGGCAGUGGUGAUGGUUUUAAAUGAAAAAAAAAAAAGGGGGGGGUGGCAAAAAGAAAAAAUCUAAAAACAAGGAACAGCUCUAAAAGGACUGUUUCUGAAUAAAGUUGGUGCAACAUGUGAAAAACAAACAAGGAGUUAUGAGACUGAGUUGGGAGCAAGUACAAUGCCAGAUGCCUGCUACUUGGAAUAUUUCUGGAUACAGGACACAGGAAUUCUGAGUUGCCUUCGUUACAGCUAAAUAAGCAUCUAUUGUGUAAAGACUACUUAGGGCACCUAAGAACUUUCUCUUGAAAUUGUAUAUGUCACAGUUUGGGCAGAUGGCUCCUCUGUUUGUUUGCUCUAACUGCUUAUUGAUAGAAUCAUCUAUCUUUCGUUCCUUUUCUUAAGUUCCUUAAUUCCCUUACUUCUCUCCUGCCUCGAAAUCUUCUUCCAGGCUUUUUGCCUCUAAUAACCGAUACUUUCAUAACACACAAAUGACUCACUUGCUCUCACUACUCCUCAAGAAACUUAUUUCAAACAAAAGGAGAAAGAGUAGAAGAUGAGGGAACUAUUCUUGAAUUCACUGCAAAAUAGCUGAGUACCCUCUGGGCUUGUUACCCAUCCAACUCCUAAAAACAUGAUUGUAGGUUUGUAUUUUUCACACCAAAAUUAUCAGAUGUAUCUGGGUUUUUUUUUAAUCUUUAUCUUUAUCAAUGUAAUACAUGCACACAGUUUUUUAAAGAGAAACCAAUGCUCAAGAUGAAAUCUAAGAGGUUUCUUGCCCCACUCUGGCCAGCUUCUCCUUCCUCCCACUCCCACUACCCAGAGAUAACCCUUGAAACCACAAACUGAGAUGUUCCUUCUGAAAUUUGCCAUGAUAUUUCUAAGUCAUGACCUUAUGAUGCUAGUUUUUGUACACAAUAAAUUACUUUUUAUUUUGGAAGAGGGAGAAUUUUUUCUAAACAACUUCAUAUUUUGUGUUUAUGCAGCAUCCCAAUAUUCACUAACCAUCAUCCUUUAAUUUGUUCACAAGCACACAUUUUCUUCUACUUUGUUGAUCCAUUCCAAUCACACUUCUUUCAUUUUUAAAAAAGCAUUCUCCAACCCCAUCACCUUCUCAUUUUUUUCUGUAUAUGAAGUUUUAUGUAUGGAUAUUAAUUAUCUAUAUUUUCAGGUUUGUUUAUACUAUAACUUAGCCUCAUCUGAGUCCAGGGAUUUAACCUGAAACAUAGAAAAUGAGAUGUAAAGCACAGAUGUAAAACGAAUUGCAAAGCACUGUUCCUUGUUAAGUGGUGGAGGGGAGGAUCUGGACUACAAAUGAGUUAUAAAGUGCUAUGUGGAAAAUUUUCAAAUCAUUAGGAAUGCUCUCACUUGUGCAGUAAUGAUAUCCAAGAUGAUGUGAUUUGUCAUGCUACUUUCCAAUUUAAUCUGCUCAUAUAUUUGAUGUGAAUAAAUGCUUUCUCUCUCCACGGUUCCUUGCAA